AUGAGAAGACGUUUCACAAGUCAAAAGAACACAAACGCAAAAGCAGAGAUUACGGUUGGUUAUAAUGUAAAUGAUGAUAAAUCACGAAUUAUUCAAAAUGUUAAAGUUAAUGUUAGUCCUGAAUUAACAAGGUCAGCAACUCAACCAAAUUUAUUAACUCGUGACUUACCAAAGAAAGAGGAGGAGCAAAAUAAAGAAGAUGAACCCGGUAAAGAACCUGUUGAAAUUCCCACUUAUCCAACAUACCCAGCACCACUUGAUAACCCAUAUAAAAUAGACAUUAAUUCUGAAUUAAUGAAAAUAUAUCGCGAUAUCAUAACUGAUAAUUAUGAUUCAAUAAUAAAUUUAAUUGACCAAUCCGGUUUAAUUAUUUUACCUUAUGAAUCAUUAAUUCACAUUAUCGCCAUUCUUUGUGAUGUUCAAGAUUCAGAC